GUCUUCCUCCGACAAACCCCUUUACUCAAUGUUUGUACGCAGGCCCCGCCCCCACCAUUCAUCUGUGUAUGUGCGUGUGGCCGUAGUAAGGCAUGCGCAGUGCAGACGAGUAAAACGGACGGAAUUCAAAGUUUCUGACGAGCCCGUCGAGAUGUUCGGCUUCCACAAAUCCAAGAUUUACCGCAGCAACGAGGGCUGUUGUAUUUGCAAAACCAAGUCGUCCAGUUCUCGGUUCACGGACAGCAGCAGAUACGAGGAAAACUUCAGGCUCUGCUUCGGUCUGUCAGAGGAUCGAGUUGGAGACAUCUGCAAUGCUUGUGUGCUGCUGGUGAAACGCUGGAAGAAAUUACCUCAUGGAUCAAAGAAAAACUGGAACCAUGUGGUGGAUGCCAGGGCAGGACCCGGCUUCAAGCUGACCAAACCCAAGAAAGUCAAAAACAUUGAUGGAAAGAAGAAAAGUAAACUGAAAAAGCUUCAUAAAUUCAAAAGACAAAACUCGGAUGCCCACAGCACCACAUCCAGUAUGUCUCCCUCUCAGUCUCCCAGCCACAGUAAUCAGUCUGAUGACGGGUCAGACAUCGAGACCAAGCAGAGGCGUCCAAACCCCUCCGGGUUCUCCUUUCUCGACCUGUCCUACUGGAAGAGGCAGAAGGUGUGUUGUGGGAUCGUCUACAAGGGCCGUUUCGGCGAGGUGAUCAUCGAUCCCCGUCUCUUCAAGCCUUGCUGUAACAAGAAGCGUCCGGCUCUGGCGGCACCCUCAGACUCUCAGAUCUCACAAACACAUCCUUCCCCUCUUCCAGAGGACAUAAAGGAGGCAUGGUGAUCCGGCUGAAACCCCCUAAAAUGUCUCUUCGAGGCCCUCAUAGCUCUGUCUCCAGUGGUAGACUCUGAUAUCUUCCCUUUGUUAGAUUACUGUGUAUGAGUUGAGUUUUCCCUUUUAUUUUUAUUUUUUAUAAUGACUCUUUUUGUAAAAUUUAAUUUUUGUACCCUUUUUUAUAUAUAACAGAAAAGGAGAAAAAAUUGGGCAUUAGGACAUAUUUAUAGGUCUGAGUUAGAAAAUUUAAUGUAAUCCAUUUUUAUUACUGUAAUUUUUUUAUUUUUAUUUUUUUGGAGUUACCAGUGUUUUGUAAAUAUAAUCUUAUUUUCCAUACCAGUGCACCAAACACUUCUAUUUGGCAUUUAGUUUGACGGGUUACAGAUGAAUAAUGUAAAGUGCUGUAUCUAACAUUAUAGCCGAGGCAUUAAAUGAGAUGGGUGUACUUUUAAGCAAAUACAAUAUUUUACUCAGCCUUGCAGACUUCUGCUCUGAUUCGAGUUCAACUGUGGUCUGUUAUAUCUCUCACGCACGCACACACACACAUGCAUUUUCCGACUAGGGUUCUCGGGCACGAUAUUUCACAAUGUGAAUUCACCUCAGCUUUUGGACACGUGCUUGUAAAAUCUCUUUUUCAUUCUGGUUUGGCAUAAAGAUGUCGCUCGAUUAUUUAAAAACGGUUACGGGUUUGUAAAUGUUUUUAAAAACCAAGAUGCAAAAAAAAUACAUUAUCAGAGUAUUUAAACGGUUAUCAUUUACACAACGGCAUAUGAAAGCAUGCGUAAUGUAUUUGUAGGCAUGAUCGGUUUUAUGACUGUUGGUGGUGUUUGUGUUUUUAUUUAGUUUCGUUGUUGUAUGAGAGUGUUAUAAUACAGGAAGCAAGAGAUAUUGAUGAAUUUCCGACCAGGCUUUACACUGUGUUUUUACCACGUUUUUUCCAUGUUUCGAUAUUGUAAACUAAAAGUAAUCGCGGAUGAAAUUGUACAGUCUUUCAGUCUUGAUGUAUUGACUGCAGCCUUUUGUAUGUUUUUUUUUUUUUUUUUGUGAUUUGGAUUAAUUGAAAUAUGACAGAAUUGCCUUUUUUGGGGGGAAACAAAAAUUCAGCAAUAUUAUGGAGUUUGUAAUUGGAUUUGGAGGUUCGAUAUUUCGGUUGUAUUUCAGUGUAUUAUUUGAAUGAAUGUUUGUUUUUAUUCACCAGCAAUACUUUGAGUCAGCUUUAACGUUGGCUUUGAGCUCUUGUUCUUAAAAUGCAUGAGGGCAAAUACAAGAUGUCGUUAAAUUUCAGGGAAAAAUGUUUUUAACUAUUAAUGUGGCACAUUCUCAGUCAAUGUGCCUUACCAGAGAUUUAGCUGAUCAUUUCAUUACGUUAAUUUGUCAUUUUUAACUUAUGCUAUUUAUUCAAAGCUGUCUGUACAAUUAAUGCUGUAAAGAAGUUUUUGUGCACUUUCUUUUUAUACUUUUUGUAAUAUUACCAUUGAUAAAAUUUUGUAUCUCAAUUUUCCUCACAUUGGUAUUUUCAUAAAAUUUUUAAAGU